AUGUCUAUUCUUCCUGAUGUGGAGGCGAAGAAGAUGGAGGCAUCAAGUGAUGACGUAUUGAGCGAACAUCAUUUUCAAGCGUGUCCAAAUGAGUAUUUAUGUUAUCAAGACUUUGCAUCACGUGAUCGUACAAGGUAUUCAUUGAUAACACCUCUUGAGGUGGCACUGGAAAGAUUUGAUGAGACAGGGAAGAAGAUAAAGACAGAUGCAUGUUUCGAAAUGGAGAGGAGACAGCUGUUGGGUCCUCCAGGGACCUUGAACACCAUCACACCUUGUGCUGCAUGUAAGCUCUUGAGGAGGAAGUGUGCGGAAGAGUGUUCUUUCUCUCCUUAUUUCUCCCCACGUGAGCCCCACAAAUUUGCCGCCGUUCACAAAGUUUUUGGUGCAAGCAAUGUCUCCAAGAUGUUAAUGGAGGUGCCGGAGAGCCAAAGAGCCGAUGCGGCGAGCAGUCUGGUGUAUGAGGCGAACUUGAGGCUCAGAGAUCCGGUUUAUGGCUGCAUGGGUGCAAUCGUGACUUUGCAACAACAUAUGCAGACUUUGCAAGCCGAAUUGAACGCUGUAAGAGAUGAGAUACUGAAAUACAAGUUUAGAGAAGUUACUGUUACUUUUAGUCACACUCAGACUGCUCUGAUUUCUGCUGGUGGGGCGGUACCAAUUGCUGCUCCGUCGUCUCCUCUUCCGCCAACUCCUCCUCCUGUUCCGCCACGGCCAUCAACUUCCAUUGUUGUCUCAUCAUCUUCCUCAUCUUCCGCAUCUAAUUCUCUGUAUACAUCGUCAACCACAGCAACCGGAUAUGGCUCCAUUUCAAGUGAUAACGUUACAUAUUUCGACUAAUUCUAUAAGCUACAUAAU